UCCGACUCUAGUCUCCUUUAAACGUAAGUUUGGGCUCAAAAAGUACCUACACGUCGUCCCUUACUAAAGCGUGUUUUUCAAAGCGUUUUUUAGCACGUGUGAUUUUCAUUAUCUGCCGUUAUUUUUCGCCGGCCGCUGUAGUGAUAAGAUCCCUCAAUAUUUUAUUACCACUGCCUCGUUUCGUGUCUUGUAGCGAUCAACCAGUCAGUCAUGCCGAAGGAAAAGAUACAUAUCAACAUUGUCGUCAUCGGACACGUGGACUCCGGAAAGUCGACCACCACCGGCCAUCUCAUCUACAAGUGCGGCGGCAUUGACAAGCGAGCCAUUGAGAAGUUCGAGAAGGAAGCAGCGGAGAUCGGAAAGGGCUCAUUCAAGUAUGCCUGGGUGUUGGACAAGCUAAAAGCCGAGCGUGAGCGUGGCAUCACAAUCGACAUUGCACUCUGGAAGUUUGAGACGACCAAAUACUACAUCACUGUCAUCGAUGCCCCUGGCCACAGGGAUUUCAUCAAGAACAUGAUCACAGGGACAUCGCAGGCUGAUUGUGCUGUCUUGAUUGUGGCAUCGGGGACCGGAGAAUUCGAGGCCGGAAUCAGCAAGAACGGCCAGACUCGAGAGCACGCUCUCCUGGCCUACACCCUGGGCGUGAAACAACUCUUAGUCGGAGUCAACAAGAUGGACAGCACUGAGCCACCCUACAGCGAGGCUCGCUACAUGGAGAUCACAAAAGAGGUGUCCACAUACGUCAAGAAGGUUGGGUACAAUCCAAAGGCCGUGGCGUUUGUCCCCAUCUCCGGUUGGCACGGCGACAACAUGAUGGAAGAGUCGGAUAAAAUGAAGUGGUUCAAGGGGUGGAGCGUCGAGAGGAAGGAAGGAAACGCUUCGGGGAAGACGCUGUUUCAGGCACUGGACUCCAUUCUGGCACCCGCCAGGCCAACCGACAAGGCACUCCGACUGCCCCUACAGGACGUGUACAAGAUUGGAGGAAUUGGAACGGUGCCUGUAGGUCGUGUGGAGACUGGUAUUUUGAAGCCCGGGAUGGUGGUUACCUUCUCCCCGGCCAACAUAUCAACGGAGGUCAAGUCCGUGGAAAUGCACCACGAAGCCCUGACCGAGGCUUUGCCCGGUGACAACGUCGGUUUCAACGUGAAGAACAUCUCCGUGAAGGACAUCAAGCGUGGAAUGGUGGCCGGAGACACCAAGAAUGAUCCUCCAAAACAAGCUAAUACCUUCACUGCCCAGGCGAGACCCCACUCUUGUUUAUAUCUCCUGUGCCUCUCUAUAGGACCGAUGAUUUUGCCGCAUGAUAGUUUGUUAAGCUAUCCAUUCCCUGUCUCCUCUCUACCUAUCUCUCCUUGUGUAUUACUAACAGAUUUCUCGCCUUUUCAUUUUCUUGUCCUCUCUAGACCUAGUGUAGAGAAAUUAACCUCUUCCUUCCCCCUUCCCCGCACACACACACACACACCAACACUGACACUCAUAAACACAACAGGUGAUUGUACUCAACCAUCCUGGCCAGAUCCAUGCAGGCUAUGCCCCCGUGCUCGACUGCCACACGGCACACAUUGCCUGCAAGUUCACAGAGCUCAAGGAGAAGAUCGACCGCCGUAGCGGGAAGAAACUUGAGGACAACCCCAAGUUUGUCAAGAGCGGCGACGCAGCCAUCGUGUUGAUGACACCUUCCAAGCCGAUGUGUGUCGAGGCGUUCUCGGAGUAUCCUCCGCUCGGUCGUUUCGCCGUCCGGGACAUGAAACAGACGGUUGCUGUGGGCGUCAUUAAGUCCGUCGAUAAGAAGGUCACCGACGCAAAGGCAACCAAAUCCGCCCAGAAGAAGGGGAAGUGAUACAGACUGAACCUAGUAGGGAGACUAGCGGGUAAUUAUUGUUUUUCAGUUGGUUGUAACUCCAAAAAAAAUCUACUGCCGCUCUUGCUCGCGCUACUGCGGGCAAGACCCGACUGCUUGUACUCUAUCAUUCCUUGUAUGAUGGUAAGACUUGUGCGCGCGCGUGUGCAUGAUAAAGUUGAGACUGGUGUGAAGUGCGCAUGCGCGACGAUGUUAGGUGGUAGCGCAUGCGCCUGGUGUUCAGGG